UAAACAGUCAUAGCAACGCAGCCUAAAAUACACAUAACUUUGUAGUUUUCUCAUCAAGUUGGUAAAUUUUUAGGGCGACGUAAAAUCAGAAAAACAUGCCGCAAGAAUCACAAUUAACCAAUGCUGGUAUGGAGGGCGAUGAAAUUGAAAAUGUUCGAGUGGUGGUGCGUGUCCGCCCAAUGGAGAAAUCGGAAAUUAACUGUGGUGCAACUAAUGUUAUACAAGUGGACAAAAUCAAUCGUGCCAUCACAGCCGUGAAGCCAAACGCAACCGUAAAUGAACCACCGAAAACAUACUACUUCGACAACGUUUUCAGUACCGAUUCCAAUCAACUCGAUUUGUAUGUGGAUACUGCGCGUCCCAUCGUAGAAAAGGUGCUGGAGGGUUAUAAUGGUACGAUAUUCGCUUAUGGUCAAACGGGUACGGGUAAAACCUACACCAUGUCGGGUAAUCCAGAGUCACCACAGACGAAGGGCAUCAUACCAAAUGCUUUUGCACACAUAUUUGGACAUAUCGCCAAAGCUCGUGAGAAUCAGAAAUUUUUGGUGCGUGUAAGUUAUAUGGAGAUUUACAAUGAAGAAGUACGCGAUUUGCUUGGAAAAGAUGUAAGCAAGAGUCUAGAGGUAAAGGAACGACCAGAUAUUGGUGUAUUCGUGAAGGAUUUGAGUGGAUAUGUAGUGCAUAAUGCAGAUGAUCUGGAAAAUAUUAUGCGCUUGGGCAACAAAAAUCGUGCCGUGGGCGCCACAAAAAUGAAUCAAGAGUCAUCACGUUCACACGCCAUAUUCUCUAUUACGGUGGAAAGCAGCGAACUGAGUCAGGGCGAUAUGACAAAUGUUCGAAUGGGCAAGCUGCAGCUAGUGGAUUUGGCUGGAUCGGAGAGACAAAGCAGGACACAGGCAAGUGGACAACGGUUGAAAGAAGCAACCAAAAUUAAUUUGUCACUAUCCGUGUUGGGCAAUGUCAUAAGUGCUUUGGUGGAUGGAAAAAGUACACAUAUACCCUAUCGCAACUCGAAACUUACGCGUCUGCUGCAAGACUCAUUGGGCGGUAAUUCAAAAACAGUUAUGUGCGCUACGAUUAGUCCUGCAGACACUAAUUAUAUGGAAACUAUAUCUACAUUACGAUAUGCUAGUCGCGCUAAGAACAUACAGAAUCGUAUGCGUGUCAAUGAGGAACCAAAGGAUGCAUUGUUGCGUCAUUUUCAAGAGGAGAUCGCCCGUUUGCGUAAGCAGCUUGAAGAGAGCAAUCAUGAAGAUCAAAUUUCCGAGGAGGAGGACGAAGAAAUAGAUGAGGAUGAGGCCGAUAUUGAAAUAGAAAUUGAAGAAGCGCCUACUGUCAACGGUAGGAAGUCCAAGAAACGGGAGAAGAAUGAUGCUGAAAAAGAGGAAAAGGAGCGACGAGCACGGGAGCAUCAAAUUGAGAUUGAGCAUGCAAAAUCGGAACAAGAACAAUUGCGUAACAAAUUAAUGUCCCUUGAAGGCAAAAUAUUGGUUGGAGGAGAAAACCUGCUAGAAAAAGCACAAACUCAAGAAAAAUUAUUGGAGCAAUCUCUCGCCGAAUUAGAGGAGCGGGGGAAAACAGAGGAAGCAUUACGACAGACACUACAGCAAAAGGAAACUGAGCGCAUAGACAUUGAAGAACGAUACUCCUCACUACAGGAAGCCAGCACAGGCAGUACUAAAAAAAUACAUCGAGUCAUGCAAAUGUUGAUGGGUGUGAAAUCUGAAUUGGCCGAUCAACAGCAAGAACAUCAGCGCGAAAAGGAAGGUAUUUACGAGAAUAUACGUAGUUUGUCACGCGAGCUCGCAUUGUGCGAACUGGUGCUUAACUCUUACAUACCUAAGGAGUAUCAGUCAAUGAUCAAUCAGUAUACUCACUGGAAUGAAGAUAUUGGUGAAUGGCAGCUCAAAUGUGUCGCAUACACCGGUAACAAUAUGCGCAAACACAUAGCCGAACCAGAGGAAUCCACUAAUAAGCAGGAAUUCAUAGACCUUUCGCACGUUUAUCUCAGUUACAAUACCGAUGGUGUCACAAAUCCGGUGCGUGCUAAGUCUGCUCGUCCUCGCACAUCUGGGGUACCACGCCCUACUACGGCACGGCGUUACUGAACCCAUAAUAUAUAAAUUUAUAAGUAUAAAGUACGCAUAGCUUUUGCACAUAUUAUUUGUUUUUUAAUUUUAAGUUUUAUAUUUUUUGUGAAUUUAAUUUUAAGAUUUUGUUGUUUUCGUAUUUAUAACGACUCGAAUUAACACGCAAAGCUAGACACAAAACAAGCAUUUACUUUGCAUUAUAGUAUUGCAUACAUUUGUAUUCUGCACAUAAUCCAAACGGACACUACACAAUUUUGUUGAAAUAAUUAGUUGAUCAAUGUAUAAAAUGUAUUCAAAUAAACUAUUAACGGAA